AUAGUUUGAUACGUUUUGAUGGAGGCCAAGGAUUUGUUUGCAAAAUUUUAAGUGUAACUUUUCUGUAGGGCAGUUAUCCGUUGACACAGAGUAGCCCCAUAUCUCUGAGCAGUAUUAUAGAAUUCAAGCAACUGUGUAGCGUGUAACAUGACACAACAGACACAACAGUCGGCCUCUGCGUUAAAACAACACUGGUAGGAAGUAUAAUGAGGAGGCUGCAAGCUUAGACGUAUCCUGUUUUGGAGAGGAGUUCUGGGAACAGCUCACAUAUUUAAGCCUUUUCACAAGUAGCACACGCUUCACUGUUGUUUGAACAGAGGAUAAAGACAUCACAGAAGUUACAGGUCAGGAAGAGAAUAUGUGGAGUACGAAUGUUGCUGGGGUAUGUUUGGCAAUGGUCGCAGCCGUGGUGAUGGUGAAUUCAGUGAGUGUGUACAGAAGCGAGCAGGACGUGGAAUCCGCUAUAAGGUCUGGCUUCAUCAGCCGUCUGCGUCCGUCAGGGGAUUUCCGAGGACUUCACCGCAGUGGCGCCUCAGGUUCAGGUUCAGGUAUCCUCAAAGUGGACCUCUUGUUUCUGUUGGACAGCAGCGGCAGCAUCUUAGAUAGCGAGUUUUACGCCCUGAAGCAGGCUAUGAAGGACGUCGUGACCGUGGUACACGACCAGACCCCCAUACAGCCGGGUGGAUCACGCAUCGCUGUCAUGAAGUUUUCACAAAUAUCUCAAACCAAUAUGCAGUUUGGUUUUGGCGCCAAAACAACUGAACUCCAGGUCAAGUUGGCGAUCGAUGCCCUCACUCAUGAUAAAGGAGGCUGGACAGCUACGGGAACAGCCCUGGAGAAAGCCAAAGAGGUGUUCCAAGGCAGCGACCCGAGCAGAGUGAAGAUGAUUUGGGUGCUCACGGAUGGUCAGUCUAACGUGCAGCCCAAACCGGGGAUCCCCGCCGCAGCCUUAAGGCGGGACAACGUCCUCAUCUACGUGGUGCCCAUCGGAGACGGCGUCAACCAAGCCAACAGUUCUGCCCGAAAAGAAGUCGAGUCUAUGGCUUCCGAACCGAAAGAGAAGUUCAUCUAUGAGUUCCCGUCGGCCGCCGUGGCCAGCCGCACGCUCUCGAGGCUGACUAAUCGUUGGAACAUGUUCAGUGGUUUCAGAAUCCAAGGGUAGAAAACAAACGCGGCCUUCAUCGUAGAUAUUUGUUCAUUAAACGGACUCGGUAUAAUUAUAAACUGCUUUGCAGCAAUAAUAUUAAAAUGUUGAUAUCACAAUGCGUUUUAUAAAGCGUAUUCGGUCUCAAAUAGCUCUUUCAUGGACGUUGUCCAUUGAGUGGUCACCGCUGCAUGUCUACAAUUGUUUGUCAACAAUAUUGUCACCUAUUUAUCUUGUGACUAUUAAAACGUGGAAUCAGCUAAAACGUGUAUAGAAUCUUUUACUGUCCGAGUAAAAAUAUUUUCCAUGUUGGGUUUACGUAAAGAUAAAAUCAUGCAGA